UCUGCUGCUGCUUCUGAAUCUGAAUAUUGGGAAUUGCCAGCUGGAUCACCAUCCUCCGGUUCCAUGUCCCGUGCGUGUGUACUGUUCAGAAAACAACACCAAUAUUCUUGAGCUGCCUGGCUCUUCUUCUUCAGUGAAACUCCCCAUCCGUCACAUUAAUUACACAUCAAACACUUUAGAAAUUUAUGAUCCCAAAAACUGCCUUCCAGAACUCUUUCUCAGACUCUAUUACUCAUCAUUUUAUCCUUUCCGAUCCGCAACAUAUUAUUACAGUGGUGAUGGGGAAGUUUCUUUUGAUGAUACGCGGACCAACUUUACUUUCUUUAAUUGUUCUUCCGCACACCCCGACUCCCAGGAACAAGAUACUUUAUCUUGCCCGAUUCGUGUGGCUGGCGAUUUCGAAGAUGUUACCGACUUAGGCCUCGUAUCCUGCACAAAACUGGUCCGUAAGGUUAUGCCAAGUUUCGCAUAUCUGAUACAGGAGGGACAUAAUUCAAUCAACUUGGUAUCGAAGACAAGUUUCCAGAGUGGCCAUGGAUGCUUUGUUGCUUGCAACAUAUCCAAGCAAGAGUCUGAAUUGGAGACUCCUAAUGAAGGGAAGCCUAAAACAGGGAAGGAGUAUGAAUCCAUAAUUUUACCGAUUGCAGGUGCAUCUCUCCUUUUCUCAAUACUGGGUGCCUCGUAUCAUGUAUAUCAUUAUUAUAGGAAAAGAGGGGAAGAUCAAGAAAGAGUUGAAACUUUUUUGAAGGACUACGAGGCAUUAAACCCAACCAGAUUCUCUUAUGCUGAUAUCAAGAGAAUCACUAAGCAGUUUAAGGACAAGUUAGGUGAAGGAGCUCACGGAGCCGUCUACAAAGGUAAAUUGUCCAGUCAAAUUCUAGUUGCCGUCAAGAUUCUCAAUAGCACAGUGGGAGAAGGAAAAGAAUUCAUAAACGAAGUGGGAACAAUGUCCAAAGUUCACCAUGUCAAUGUGGUUCGCUUGCUUGGCUACUGCGCCGACGGAUCUCACCGCGCUUUAGUUUAUCACUUCUUCCCCAAUGGUAAUCUCCAGACCUUCAUAGCUACGUCAAGCGACAAGGAAACCUUCCUUGGAUGGAACAAGUUGCAUCACAUUGCUCUCGGCAUAGCCAAAGGGAUUGAAUAUCUUCACCAAGGCUGUGAUCAAAGAAUUCUGCAUUUUGAUAUUAAUCCUUACAAUGUCUUGUUAGAUGAUAAUUUCACUCCAAAAAUUUCAGACUUUGGUUUAGCUAAGUUAUGCUCCAAAAAUCGAAGUACUGUAUCCAUGACUGCAGCUAGGGGAACCUUAGGCUACAUGGCGCCUGAAGUUUUCUCUAGAAAUUUCGGCAAUGUAUCUUACAAAUCCGAUAUCUACAGUUAUGGGAUGCUAUUACUUGAGAUGGUUGGAGGAAGAAAAAAUACAAAUGCAAGUCAAGAAACAUUUCAAGUUCUAUAUCCGAAUUGGAUACACAAUUUGCUUGAAGGAGAUGACACAUAUAUUCCUAUCGACGAUGAUGGAGAUUUUAGAAUUGCAAAGAAACUUGCAAUAGUGGGACUAUGGUGCAUCCAGUGGCACCCGGUGCACCGUCCCUCCAUGAAAAGUGUAGUUCAAAUGCUUGAAGCAGAGGAAGACGAGUUGAAAGUGCCGCCAAAUCCUUUUGAAUCUGCAGCUGCGACUAGUUCAAGUGCAAUUAUUCCAGCAAGAUUCUUGAAUAUGGAAUUGGAAGUGAUUCCAGAAGCAGACUAGUUUCAUUCAACAUGGUAUAUUAUUUGGCAUUUAACUUGCACUUGCUGUAUA